CUCCUCCCUUCUAAUUGUCCCGUGGCCGUGGAGUGGGAGUUAGUGGGAGUGGGAGUGGGAGGGUGAGCUGGGGCUCGGCCUCCUCCAGAUGUGCUCUUCCUGCCUCGCUGCCUUCCUCCCGGGCGUCAGUGCGGUGAAAUGUGAUCCUCUCCGGCCCGGCCGCCUGUAUUUUGGGAUGUUUUACACGGGGCAGGACAAAGACAGGAGCCCAGCCUGAGCAGAUGUUUCAGUUCUGGGAGGAGAAGGAGAAGAAGGAGAAGAAGAAGAAGAAGGGGAGGAGGAGGAGGAAGCGACAUAGUUUGUUGCAGAAGAAGAAGAAGAAGUUCUGAUUUACGAUAUGGCUCAAGAUGUCUGUGGAUUCAGAUAAUUCCUGUGUUUUGCUGUCACCGCGAGACUCCAGGACUUCCUGCAUCUUCCAACCCGCCGAUGAGAAGGAUGACAUCCCAGGAGUGGGAGAUGAGAGUGUCCUGGAGAUGCUGAGCUACUCCAAGUUCAAUGACCUGGAAACAUGGCUGUGCAUGCCUUCUUCACUGCUGCUGCGCCCCAGGUCUCUGGACUUCACCUCCUCCUGUUCCUCCACCUCGUCCUCCACACACACAUCCAACCACUCCUUAAACUCGGCUCCCAUCUCGUCCUCUUCCUCGCCGGCCUCCAACUCCCGACACUCCACCUGCAGCGAGCCGGGAGAGGCCGAGCUCGGGUCCUCGGUGAAGGAGUCCUCCUUCCUCAGACCUGCCCUGGGGAAGGAGGUGACCUUUCUGUCCACGCCCCUCCUCCCCAUCCUCUCCUCCACCCCUGUCCCAGCCUCAGGACGGAGCUCAGGGACUCCAGAUGGAGAAUCCGCCUCCCGGAGCGGCGUCUCCGUCAGGAAACGGCGGCGGCUGGCGGCCAGUCCUGGAGGACUCCACUGGAACUCAGCAGGUUCGGUGCAGCGUGACUUCUGGUCACCUGAUCCAUCUCCUGGGUCUGGGGGGAGCAGAGCAUCAUCAUCACCAUCACCCGCAGCAACAGGAGGAGGAGGAGGAGGGAGAGGAGGAGGGAGAGGAGGCGGGGGAGGCGGAUACAGAGGAGGUGUGAGGAGGCCCCCCCUGGCUGAUCUGGGCGGAGCUUCGCCGGCGUGGGCCGUGGACCGGGCGCCUUUGAGGAAGACGGUUUCGGCUGACGACCGACUGGAGAGAGGAAGGAAGAAGCUCCGCAACCUCCACAGUCUGGGAACCACAGGACGAUACGACACCCGGAAAAAGUCGGACAGUAAGAUCUCUCGCUUGGCUCAGAGGUGGCACCAGAAGCCGGGGGGUGAUGCUCUGAUCAAAGACCUGAAGCCCCUGUACCACGCGGGACCCCCCCGAUCCUCUCUGAGCCUGGACAGACGUUUUCCAGGUGUCAUGACCCAACAAAUGCAGAACCUGCAGUUGUCCCAGACCAGGAAGUGCCCCGGUGGGCCGGCCUCGCCCAGCGCCGCCAAGCGCCUCUACAGGAACCUGUCGGAGAAGCUGCGAGGCAGCACGUCCUCGUUUGAAGACGCCUACUUCUUCGGCAAAUCGGACCGCCUCCGCAAAGCCUCGACGAUGCAGGGCAGCGACUGCAUCUUUGAGGCGGUGGAGCAGCAGGACCUGGACGCCGUGCAGAUCCUCCUCUACCAGUUCUCAGCCGAGGAGCUGGACCUGAACACCCCCAACAGCCAGGGCCUGACGCCGCUCGACAUCGCCAUCAUGACCAACAACACGCCCAUCGCCAAACUGCUGCUGAAGGCCGGCGGCCAGGAGAGUCCGCACUUUGUGAGUGUGGAGAGUCGUGAGGCUCACCUGAGCUCCCUGGUGGUGGAGGCGGAGCUUCGUGCGUCCGACCUGGCGUCCCAGGCGCAGCGGGACGGUCUGUCCCUGGAGGCGUGUCACAAGGACAAGCAGCUGAGAGCGUGGGAGUGGAGGAUCAAACUCUACAAACGCAUGAGGACGGGCUUCCAGCACGCCCGUGUCCCGGAGACCCCGUCCAUGGUCCGACUGAGCGUGAGCAGUAGCUCCACGUUGACCGUCACCUUCCAGGAGCCUCAGGGUCUGAACUCCACCGUGGUGACAAAGUUCAAAGUGGAGUGGAGCUGCCUGAAGGAUUUCUCGCUGCUGGCUGGGGAGGUGGUGUUGGAUAAUCUCCAGAGCCUCAAAUACACCAUCAGUAACCUCACCACGGGCCGGAUCUACUACGUCCGGGUGUCGGCCUAUAACAUGAAGGGCUGGGGCCCCCCCUCCGCCUCCCUCCCCCCAUCAGCUGCUCCCUCCAACUGGAGGGAGAGCGACGGUCGGGAGCCCAGGAGACGAGGACACAUCGAGGCCAUGGAGCGUCUGCUGCAACAGGUCCGAGCGACGCAUUCACAUUACUGCUGCGGAGACGCGUCGAAGCUGCAGAACCCGAGCAGGAAGCAGUCGGUGUCCAGGAGCCUCAAACAUCUCUUCAACUCCUCCAACAAGUUCGUGAAGACACUGAAAAGGGGGGUUUAUCUGGCUGCUGUGUUCUACCAUAAAGACUCUUUACUGGUGACAGCGGAGGAUCAGAUCCCCAUCGUGGAGGUGGACGACUCCUACAGCAGCUCCCUCAUGCAGGACUUCCUCUGGUUCACCAAGCUGUCCUGUAUGUGGGAGGACGUCCGGUGGCUGAGACAGAGCAUGUCCGUGUCCAUGUCCUCGUCCUCCACGCUGCAGGCCAGACACAAGAUGCUGACGGCGGCCGGGCAGCUGCAGAACCUCCUGGGGACCCACAACCUGGGCCGGGUCCACUAUGAGCCCAUCAAGGAUCGCCAUGGCAACGUGUUGCUGGUGACCAUCCGGGACACGGAGAGCCAGAGCUCCCUGUUCAGCGGGAAGUGGAUGCAGGUGACGAAGCUCCAGAGCCAGAGGAAGUCCCUGUCCACCCCCGAGGAGCCGUACGCCCUGGACAUCCUCAUCAUCACCAUCCAGGACAUCCUGUCCUACCAGAGGCGGAGCUCCCACCGCCUGGCCCCCGGCCUCUACCUGGGCUACCUGAAGCUCAGCAGCUCCGUGGACCAGAUCAGAGUCCUGGUCUCACAGAGAACUCCCAACAUGCUUUGCCACUCGCGGAUACGAGACAACGCCAACGUGUCCAGGGAGGAGUGGGACUGGAUCCAGACCCUGUCGGCCGCCGGAGACACGGAGCGCAGCGGCGAGGACAGCGAGGGGGCGGAGCCACGGACGGAGAGCCACGCCCCUUUGCUGUACUACGAGCUGCAGACGGCGAUCAAGUCCCUGCUGAAGCUCAUCAACCUACCUCUGCACCAGGCCCGUCACUUCCGUCUCUACAGUCAGGAGGUGGUGGAGCUCGGUCACGGCGUCUCUUUCCUGCUGCUGCUCCCGGCGUCCGAUGACGUUUGCUCCGCCCCCGGACAGUCCAACCCCUACACGCCGCUGUCAGGAUUCCUCCACCUCCCGCUGCAGAUGUUUGAGCUCGUGCACUUCUGCUCCUACAAAGAGAAGUUCAUCAGCCUGUACUGCCGCUUGUCCUCCGUCCUGGACCUGGACGCCCUCAUUACCCAGCAGGCAUUGCGGGAGGCCAUCACAGACAGCGAGGUGGCCACGGCCAAGCAGAGACACCAGCUCAUCCUGGACUACAUCCAGCAACUGGACGAGAUGCGGCGGGACCUGCGUUGGCUCACGGACGCCCUGCAGUACGCCCGCUACAAGCAGCCGCACGGCGGCGUCCCCGUCACCUGCCUGGUGGACGCCAGCGCCCCGGAGACCGAGCCGGGGCAGCAGAAGACCGACUCCACCUCCUCCACCAUGGACUUCCUGCCCACGCCGUCGCCGUCGCCGGAGUUCCACCGCAGGAAAACCAUCAGCGACUCUCUGCUCGGCUCCGAUGAAGACGGCUCCUCGGAGGUUUUCCUGCCCACGGACAGCGACUACGACUCCAGCGACGCGCUGAGCCCCCGGGACCUGGACCUGCUGUACUCGCCGGCCCAGGACCUGUCCCAGCAGGCCGUGCACUCGCUGGGCGGCAGCGCCCCAGACGUGCUGCAGAUCCACGAGCUCAGGUACAGCGUGCUCCCUCCCAGAGACCUCCCCCUCUCCCCCCUCUCCCCAGUGGUGAAGGAUCCUAAAUGUAAAGGUGCUCCUCUCUCCCCCCUCCUCCCCCGUUCCCCGUCUCUCUCCAGGACCCUCCCCACCUCCCCCUCCCUCCCCCUCUCCCCCAGGGAUCUCCAAAGACCUCCCCCUGUCCCUCCCCUUCUCCCCGUCCCUGUCCCACGCCACCAAGACCCUGGAGGGCCUCUCCCUGUCUAAGAGCCACCAGGAAGGCCCCGCCCCCCUCCGGGCGCUCGCCAAUCCCCCCGCCAAGCGGAAGCUGCUGUCCAGGAGCCACCGGGGGCAGUACUUCAGCGGCCCCCAGCGCUGGCUCCGGGGCCACAGCGGGGAGGGCCACACCGGCUCCUUGUC